AUGUCGUUUUCUGACUUCAAAUUAGCGUCUGAACUUCCAGCUUGGAAGUCGUUGGAGCAACUCCACACCAAGAACAGCAAGUUCAAUGUUCUGGAGGCGUUUGAAAAAGACCCCCAAAGAUUUGAAAAAUAUAGCAAGACUUUCACCAAUUAUGACGGUUCGAAAAUCUUGUUUGAUUUCUCCAAAAAUUUGGUAGAUGACGAGAUUUUGGCUCAAUUGAUCCAAUUGGCCAAGGAGGCCAAGGUGGAGAAGUUAAGAGACGAAAUGUUUGCUGGUUCCAAGAUCAACUCCACAGAGGGUAGAGCAGUGUACCAUGCUGCUUUGAGAAACAGACUGAUGAAAAACAUGUCUGUGGAUGGCAAGAACACGGCACCAGAAGUGGACAGUGUUUUGCAACAUAUGAAGGAAUUUUCCAACCAGAUUAGGGAUGGAAGCUGGACCGGUUACACCGGCAAGGCAAUCUCUGAUGUGGUUAAUAUUGGAAUUGGAGGCUCAGAUUUGGGUCCAGUGAUGGUGACCGAGGCAUUGAAGGCGUACAGCAAGCCUGGGUUGAAUGUCCACUAUGUGUCCAACAUUGACGGUACUCAUAUUGCUGAGAUUCUCAAGCCAUUGAACCCAGAAACAACCUUGUUUUUGGUUGCUUCAAAGACUUUUACCACUGCGGAAACCACCACCAAUGCCAAUACCGCCAAAAAUUGGUUUUUGGAAAAGGCUAAGGACACUGCCCAUAUUGCUAAACACUUUGCUGCUUUGUCCACGAACGCUGAAGAAGUGUCCAAAUUUGGAAUCGACACCAAGAACAUGUUUGGCUUCGAAUCAUGGGUUGGAGGCAGAUACUCGGUAUGGUCUGCCAUUGGAUUGUCGGUUGCCAUCUAUAUUGGUUUUGACAAUUUUGAGAGUUUCUUGAAAGGUGCGGAAGCAGUGGAUGCUCACUUCCAGGAAACUCGUUUGGAAGACAACAUUCCAGCCUUGGGAGGUUUGUUAUCGGUGUGGUAUAACAAUUUUCUCGGAGCUCAAACUCACUUGGUGGCUCCUUUUGACCAAUACUUGCACAGAUUCCCUGCUUAUUUGCAACAAUUGUCGAUGGAAUCCAACGGUAAGUCGGUUACCAGAGGAAAUGUGUUCACCAACUACCAAACUGGUACUGUGUUAUUUGGAGAACCAGCUACCAAUGCUCAACAUUCUUUCUUCCAAUUGGUGCACCAAGGUACAAAAUUGAUUCCCGCUGACUUUAUCAUGGCUGCUCAAUCUCACAACCCCAUCGAAAACAAUCUCCACCAGAGAAUGUUGGCUUCCAAUUUCUUUGCUCAAUCGGAAGCUUUGAUGGUGGGUAAAUCUGAACUGGAAGUGAAGGCUGAAGGUACUACUGGAGACUUGGUUCCUCACAAGCAAUUUUCCGGUAACAGACCCACCACCUCCAUUUUGGCUCAAAAGAUCACUCCUGCUGCUUUGGGUGCUUUAAUUGUGUAUUAUGAGCACCUUACUUUCAUAGAAGGUGCCAUAUGGAACAUCAAUUCCUUUGACCAAUGGGGUGUGGAAUUGGGUAAGGUUUUGGCCAAGAAAAUCGGUAAGGAGUUGGACAACAAGGACCCUGUCACCACCCACGAUCCUUCUACCAAGGGCUUAAUCAACCAAUUCAAGAAAUGGAGCUUGUAG